UGGAAUGAAGAUAUAAUGGAAGUACUUGAAGAAUUUGUUGCAUCAGGUGGUGGCCCUAGAGACUCCGAUGCUUACACCAUCAAUGGUCAACCCGGCGACCUUUAUCCAUGCUCAAGCCAAGACACCUUCAAGUUAGAUGUGACAUACGGGAAAAGAUAUCUUUUACGUAUGGUAAAUGCAAUGAUGAAUGGAAUCAUGUUUUUCGGCGUAGCAAAUCAUUCACUAACUGUCGUGGGAGCUGAUGCUAGCUACACAAAGCCCGUGAAAACUGAUUAUGUAGUAAUCACCCCCGGGCAGACAAUUGAUUUGUUGCUAGAAACAAACCAAGUUACACCUGGGGGUCGUUACUACAUGGCAGCUAGAGCAUAUACUAGUGCCAAUGGUGUUCCCAUCGAUAACACCACCGCCACUUGUACUGCAAUCAUUCAAUAUAAUUGUGAUUCUGUAACUAAUUCAUCUACAACUCCUCUGUUCCCUAUUCUACCCAACUACAAUGACACCACUGCGGCUUAUGACUUUCUUGGUAGCCUUAGGAGCUUGGAACCACUCUUAUUCCCUUUAAACACAUACGACACAAGAAUAACUUCCACCAUUGCUGUUAACACAUUCCCUUGUGAAAACAAUUCGUGCGCUGGGCCUAAUGGUACACGACUAGGGGCCAGUAUGAACAAUAUUAGCUUCCAACUUCCGUCUAUUGACAUACUUGACGCUUACUACUAUCAUAUCUAUGGCGUAUUUGGUACACGAUUUCCAAGCAGUCCUCCAUACUAUUUCAAUUUCACCGAUACCAACUUACCAAUGACUUUAUUGACGCCUGAAAGGGCUACUGAAGUCAGGGUGAUUGCAUAUAAUCUGAAUGUAGAACUAGUUUUCCAAAAUACGCGUUUGCUUGGAGGGCUUGAUCAUCCUAUGCAUUUACAUGGAUAUAGUUUUUAUGUCGUUGGAUGGGGGUUUGGUAACUUCAACGAAAGUAGGGACCCGUUGAACUAUAACCAAGUAGACCCGCCGUUGCGUAACACUGUUCUUGUUCCAAUAAAUGGAUGGGCUGCUAUUAGGUUCAAGGCUCACAACCCUGGAGUAUGGUUUCUGCAUUGUCAUCUAGAACGCCAUGUUACAUGGGGGAUGGAAACAGUGUUCAUUGUUAAGGAAGGCAACCGACCCGAAGAACGGAUGCUACCACCGCCACGUCACAUAACUUAUAUACUGUAUAUACAUGUGAUUAUGCAGGUGAAGGAAGCAUCAUACACGCGCCUUUGUGAAACGAAAAGCAUUUUAACGGUGAACGGGCAAUUCCCAGGACCAACACUGUAUGCUUAUAGAGGAGAAACAAUUUAUGUCAAGCUCCAUAACUAUGGAAGAUACAACAUCACUCUUCAUUGGCAUGGAGUAAAGCAACCAAGGAAUCCAUGGUCAGAUGGUCCUGAAUAUAUUACACAAUGUCCGAUUCAACCAGGCGACACAUUUUACUAUAAGAUCAUAUUAUCUAUGGAAAUUGGCACAAUUUGGUGGCAUGCUCAUAGUGACUGGUCUAGAGCCACGGUUCAUGGUGCUCUUGUCGUGCAACCAGAGUCGGGCUCAAUCUACCCCUUCCCAGAACCCCAUCAGGAAGUGCCCGUAAUCUUAGGUGAGUGGUGGAAAGAAGAUGUAAUGGAAGUGCUUGAGGAAUUUGUUGCAUCAGGAGGUGGUCCAAGAGACUCUGAUGCCUAUACUAUCAAUGGUCAACCUGGUGACUUAUAUCCAUGCUCAAGCCAAGAUACCUUCAAGUUAAAUGUGACACAGGGGAAAAGGUAUCUUUUGCGUAUGGUAAACGCGGCAAUGAAUGAAGUCCUGUUUUUUGCCAUUGCAAAUCAUACACUGACCGUCGUGGGAGCAGAUGGUAGCUACACCAAACCAUUAACCAAACAAUAUGUAGUAAUCUCGCCGGGCCAAACGCUUGAUUGCAUGUUUGAAGCAAAUCAAGCAAGCGGCCGCUACUACAUGGCAGCUAGAGCAUAUUCCACGGGCACUCAGAUUUCUUUUGAUAACACAACCACAACCGGCAUUGUCCAAUACGACAAUGCUGGUUCUGUUUCCAACAUCACGGCUCCUCUGCUUCCUUCCCUACCAUAUUACAAUGACACUACUGCAGCUUUCGACUUUCUUGGUAAUCUAAGAAUCUUGGACCCUCUCAAAUACCCUUUAAACAAGUAUGACAUGCAAAUCUUUUCAACCGUUUCUAUAAACAUGUUUCCAUGUCAAAACAAUUCAUGUGCCGGACCAAAUGGUACUAGAUUGGCAGCUAGUAUGAACAAUAUUAGUUUUGUGUCUCCAUCAACCGACAUACUUAGAGCAUACUAUAAUCACAUAAAUGGCGUGUUUGGGACAGGAUUUCCUAGUGUCCCGCCAAUAUUUUACAACUUUACUGGUAACGAUUUACCCUUGAUCCUACAAACACCUAAGCGGGCCACUGAAGUGAGGGUGAUAGAAUACGAUUCCGUUAUAGAAAUGGUUUUUCAAGGGACCAAUUUGAUUGCAGGGCUUGAUCAUCCUAUGCAUUUACAUGGAUAUAACUUUUAUGUCGUCGGUUGGGGGUUUGGCAACUUCGAUGCCAAAAAGGACCCGUUGAAUUAUAACCUAGUAGACCCUCCAUUUCGGAGCACUGUACUUGUUCCAAUAAAUGGGUGGGCUGCUAUCCGGUUCAAGGCUCACAACCCUGGGGUAUGGUUUAUGCAUUGUCAUUUGGAACGCCACCUUACAUGGGGAAUGAAUACAGUAUUCAUUGUUAGGGAUGGAAAUGGAACGGAAGAGCAUAUGCUACCGCCGCCACGCCACAUGCCACCAUGCUAAUGACAUGCACCUUUC